GAGCAGGAACGACAGAAAUUGGCCAACAAGGCCCAGCGUCGCAAGGACAAGCCCAAGAAGAACGCCCUGGACAAGAAGUCGUACAACUCGUUGCUCGACUGGAUCAACAGCGACGAGCCCGCGGGCAGACCGGAAGUGGCCAAGAGCAUCCUGUUUGACAACGACACCGACUCUGAAGAGGACGACGACGAAGGCGACGACGACCAAGCAGUAGCUGCUGCUGGCCCUCAUCGUCAUUAUAAUAAUGACGACAAGGAGGUGAAGGACGAGAAGCAGAAAAAGAAGACGACGACGACAAAGAAGAAGAAGAGUGUUGUUGUUGCAACACCAGCAGCAAAGAACGACGAUGAGGAACGGAAUGACGACACUUUGCAGAGACUGCAGCUGCAACACCAGGCCGGGGAAAAGAGUUUCCUCGAUGACAUCCUGGGCCAAGUGCUGGACUUUUCCGACGACGACGAUGACAAGAAUAAUGCAUCAGGGAAAGACCAGCACGAGCAGCAAGAAAAGAAGAAGAAGAAGAACAAGACGGUCGAGGAACUGCGGUGGAAGAACAUUCGACACGCCGACUACUUCCGAGUCAUCGAGUGGGUGACCAACGGCAGGGACGACGACCUGCACGAGGCCCGCGACCUCUUGUUCAAGGAAGACGAGGUCAUGGAGCGGGAAGACCGGGAAGCGGACGAGGCCUUCCGCCAAAGGAUGAUGACCGACUUUUCAUCCACUCGUCACGAUUGACUAUCAAUUUAGUGUAGAUGCUGCUGGGACACGAUACAGUAAUAUAUACAUAUAUAUACAUAGCAGCGGUCCUUAUUGAGCAUUUUUGGCUGC